GGCUUGUCUGAAUGGUCUUGGCCUCGCCGACCCACCAUCCUCCUCUGCCCAUCCGUAUGCGCUGCGGCGUCCCUCUGCCGCGCCCUCGGCACGCGCAUCCACAGCAGCUGUUCAACACAUACGACACAGCUCCCUCUCGUCGCUCGCUGCUGCUCACUGCCGCCGCCGCCGCCGCCGCCGGCCCGUCCCUCGUCGCGCCUGCCACCGCCGCCGACUCAUCGCUCGUCUACCGGCCGCUGAGCAGCGUUGACGUCGGGCGCGGCGCGCUCGCGCGGACCGAACAGCAGUACUCGACGACGUUUGCUGCGUAUCUCUCUCGAUUCCUGCUCAACAACGAGCCGACGACGCGGCGGUGGUGGCAGACGCAGGUCUCGGAGGCGGAGUCCUUUACGAUGGACGACGAGGCGAGCGACGGCAUCGUCGGUCUGCUCGGCGAACAGCGGCGCGAUGCCUUCCUCGCGUCCAAGUUCUCCUCGCUCGUCACUUCGGUCGAGGUCGGUCUCGAGGGGUACUACGGCGAGAAGGGCGCGGGCAGGCUGGGAGAGGCGCUGGCCAACAAGUACUCCUCGGCGGGCCAGAAGCGCCUCCUCGCCCACCUUCUCUGCCUCAUCGAGCGCGAGCAGCAGCCCACGCGCCUCAUCGGCUCUCUCAUCGGAGAGGCGGAUGCCAGCCGCCUCGCCUCCGUCCAGCUCGAGACUGCGGCGACAGGCUACUCGGCGACCCCUCCCUCCGUCACGGUCGGCCCUCCCCCGUCGCUCGACCGCGGCGGCCGGACGGCCAAGGCUCGCGCGCUGAUGCGGCCGACCGGCCGGUGGCGGGAGGUGCGUCUGCUCGACGGCGGCGCUGGCUACGCCGACGGGGAGGUGCCUGAGCUGGUCGCGUGUGGCGAGGGCUACUUGGCAAGGCAGGGGAACGGCUCUGCACCCUCCGCCGCGCGAGCGAGGGCGGAUCUGCUGGCCGAGUACAAGAUCGCGGCGGUCUAUCUCGGGCCCGCGACGCCUCCGGCCGCGUCGGUGGGGCUGCCGCUGCCGACGGCGGCGGCCGAGCGCACCGAGCCUGCGCGCGCGCGCGCGCAGAUGCUGCCGGCCGGCCUCGUCCCCAGGCGCGAGGCGGACGGCAGGUUCGGGCUGGCGGUGGCGGUGCCUGCCGGCGCGUUCGGCUCGCGCGCGGCGGCGCCCGUCGAGCGAGUGAGUGGGCUGCAGCCGGCGGCGGCGGCAAAGAUCUUCCUAGCCGGCGGACUCUGCUCUUCGGUCGCGCACACUCUGCUGGUGCCUCUCGACGUGGUCAAGACGAGGCUGCAGACGGAGCCGCCGGGCACCUACUCUGGGCCGCUCGACUGCGCUCGCUCGUUGGCCGCGUCCGAAGAGGGCGCCGCCGCCUUCCUGCAGGGCGCCGGCGCGACGGCGUUCGGGUACGCCUUGGCUGGCGCGUGCGCCUUUGGGCUGCUGGAGGUCUUUUCGCGCGCCAUCAACGAGGCAGCGGGCGCGGGCAACUCGCUCUUCUUCUCGACGCCGCUGCUCGCGCUUGCGUCGGCGUGCGCGACCGCUUUUUGCGCGGCGGUGGUUUGCCCGUUUGAGGCGGUGAGGAUAGGGGCGGUGCGGAACGGCGCGUCGUCGCUCGCGGCCGUGCAGCAGAUUGUCGCCGACGAGGGGGCCGCCGCGCUCUACCGCGGGCUCGGGCCGAUCCUCCUCAAGGAGGUGCCCUUCGUGGUGACCAAGUUCGUCGUCUUCGACCGCGUCGCCGCGCUGCUCGCCGCCGCCCUGCCCGACGCGCAGGGCGGCGCCCUCCUCUCGGUCGGGCUUCCCCUCGCCGCCGGGUCGGUCGCCGGCCUCUUCGCGGCGCUCGCGUCGCAGCCCGCCGACGCGCUACUGACGCUCACCAACGAGGAGGGCGCGACGCUCGGCUCGGCGACCUCUCGCCUCGCCGCCGAGCCUCGGCUCGCGCUGCAGGGGCUCGCGCCGCGCGGCCUCUUCGCGAUGCUCCUCUCGUCGCUCCAGUUCCUGAUCUACACGCGGCUGCGCGACCUGUUUGGCGUCUCGAAGGCCGACCUCACUCUCGUGUGGGACGCGCUCGCGACCAUCCAAGCGGGGCCCAUCGGAAGAUGAUAUUGCGGGUGCGCUGCGAUGCGCUGAUUGAUCUGGAGGCCAUCAGACGAUCAGAGUGCAUGCAGACAAAAAAAUGGUUUACGUUUACGUCUCGCGGCACGCGGGCCGCCUGCAGUUUUUUUUCUCACAGUCGUGACGCGGUGACGCUUCUCUCACACACCUAAAAAAUGAAAAAGUCUAACU